AUUGGGCCAUAUCCAAAAACCCGCUCCACAAUAACAAAACAUUUCGAGGGUUUGGGAUUUACAUUAGCAUUGCAUCUUCUUCUCAUUGCUGCCUCCUUUUCUUUCUUAAAAUCCAAAUACGUUUCUAUUCAAUUUCACAACAAAUCUCAAGAUGCAGAACGAAGAAGGACAAAUCACCGAGCUCUACAUCCCUAGGAAGUGUUCUGCCACAAACAGAUUGAUUACAGCUAAGGAUCAUGCUUCGGUUCAGAUUAACGUAGGUCACCUGGAUGAGAGCGGUGUCUACAAUGGUCACUUCUCCACUUUCGCACUCUGUGGCUUCACUCGCGCUCAGGGAGACGCUGACAGUGGAAUUGAUCGUCUGUGGCAGAAAAAGAAAACUGAGCUUAAACAGUAGAUGCAAGAUCACAUCUUUGUUCUGUUUCUUUUUGAUAGAUUUUAUGUGUCUAGUUCCGGCUAUUCUAGAGAGAUAUUGAAUUAUUUUGAUCUAUGUAUUGCAAUCCUUUUUUAAAAAGUUGCUAGAAGAACUUGGUGUUUGAUAUGGAUUACAAAUUCUGAAUUUCCUAUGGAUUACAAAUUCUGAAUUUUCUAUGGUAGUUUCAAUGUAUUCAACAAAGUUGCUUUUUAAAGUUA